AUGCUUGUUCGCACUGCCCCAAGUGCACCUCCGUCAGCAGUUUUCAAGACAGCGUCCGUGCAGGGCACCGACCCCAUGCGUCAGGAGGCAGUUGAGAUGAGCUCCGAGCAUUCUUCAGCGCUCCCUGCCUUCCAGGACCUCCAGUUUGACGACCCCAAACAAGCCUUCCAGGCGAAGAGCACGGCGCAGCUGCUGCAGUCUCUGGCGGUGUUCAAGGCGUGCACGAUCAAGCCGCUGGUGCGCAACGCCGACACGCUGCUGACGGUGUCACGAAGCAUUGCCGCUCCAGUGGUGGACCGGGCGGUGAAGCACACAUUCUUCCGGCACUUCUGCGGCGGCGAGUGUGUGGACAGCAUCCAGCCAACCCUGCAGUACCUGGAGCGGCACGGCAUCAGGCCCAUCCUGAACUACGCGGCAGAGGACGAUGUGAACAACGAGUUUGGCUGCGAGGGCUGCCCCGUGGCGGCGGCCGAGAGGAAGCUGGACCGUAAUCUGGACAUCUUCAUGCGCAGCAUCCGCGAUAGCGACAACAUCCGCAACCGAGCCUUCGUCGCCAUCAAGGUGACGCCGCUGGGACCGCCGAAGCUGCUGGAGAAGAUGUCGGAGGUGCUGGUGGCGACUGGGGACCCGGCCGACCGCGGCCACUCGAGCGCGCGGCUGCGAGAGGCGCUGCUGCCGCACCUGGACGCGCAUGAGACCGCCUCCCUGGACAACAUGCUACGGCGAAUGGACACCCUCUGCGACGCCGUCCUGGCCAAGACAGAAGCCUAA